CUUUUGAAACAGGGGGGGUUUGUCACUACGCAGUAAUUCCAGCCUUGCGCUAUAUAAGUGGAUUGGAUCCGAUCUAAGUCGCCAGUCAUCGUUGAAAUCGAGAAGAGAUAGCCCAACGGGGAACAAUCCUAAAACCUCGAAGCCAUGGGUCUGCAGGAGGAAUUUGAGGAGUAUGCUGAGAAGGCGAAGACCUUGCCUGAUAGCACGAGCAAUGAGAACAAGCUGAUCCUAUACGCACUCUACAAGCAGGCCACUGUUGGACCUGUGAAUACCUCUCGUCCUAGCAUGUUCAACAUGAGGGACAAGGCCAAGUGGGAUGCUUGGAAGGCUGUUGAAGGCAAAUCAAAGGAAGAGGCAAUGAAUGACUACAUCACCAAGGUGAAGCAGCUCCAGGAGGAGGCUGCUAGCUCCUAAAUCUCUUAACUGUUGAACCAAACAGCUAUUAUCAGCUGAGCUCCUAUGCUAUUUGAUCCACUGGGAUGUGAAACAUGUACCUGUUUAUGCACUCUUUACCUAAGUUAUCCAUCCAUCUAUCUAUCUGUGAUGAAGACUUUAGUCUUCUAAAUUAUGAUC